AUGAUGAUGAAAGAAGAUGGACUUCGAGAUGCAUUUUUUUAUGAAACAGGUAGAACCCGUCCUGAUGAGGCUGAAAAUGGUGCUUCUUCACUUUUUGAAGUAGGUCUUCUAACUUGAAGAGGGGGUUUGUUUCUUCUUCCCCGAAAGUUUUCCCUGUUCUUGCUAGAUGAGCUAGACAGGUUUUGCCUCCCAGUUAGCUUUUCUUAUCUGGACUAA